AUGGAGUUCGACAGCCUCAAAGAACAGCGAACCAACGUCCACGACGCGGCCGAAGCAAGAGCGGCUGCUGCUGCUGCUUCAGUUGAAGCAGAAUCCGACUCAGCUUCCUCGAGCUCGCAGCCCUCUUGGUCUCGUCGCAGCAAGCGACCAGCGCAAGCAAAAAGUGCAGAGGCAUCUACUACCUCUGCUUUCGACUCGCCGUUUGGAAGAGCAAUGGCUGAACCCGACUUGGGCAACCAGGAUGAGAGCCAUUCUGAGCCGCUCCAGGACGGAUCUCUGCCAACCACAGGAUUGGGUUCUGAUCAACAUGCUGCGCCUUCUACCGCCUUGUCCGAUGAUAUCGAUAAAGCAGCCGAUACACCGGUCGAGGAGCAGGAGCCCAUCAAGCCACACAAUCUGCUUCAAGCAACUGAGCUGCUUCAGGCUGGCGCCAACUCACCCUUGCCCUUUGCACCUGCACCGAUUCUACGACUCAACGCAAUCCGCAUCUCUGGCGCCGGGCGUGCACUUCGUCCGAGCUACCUCGCUUCGCUCUGCAGACCAUAUAUGGAUCCCACGCUUUCCGACCAGAAUCCAAACGCGAACAUCAUCCAUUCACUCUACUACGGCUCUCGCAUCUCGCACGUUCUUCCCAGCCAACCUACUACGCUACCCUCCAUCCUCGCGCUGACAUCGUCCCUAGCCGGCGAUCUGGACAAGCUCGAUGUGUUCCGCAACAUUGAAGCGUCACUGGCGCCGUCCAUGUUUCCCGGGGCGAGCCAAGAGGAUGUGGAUGUGAUUAUUGCUUGUGGCAAGCCAAAGGGACGCGUCUUUCUGAAAUCGUCGACGGAUGUAGGCAACGGUGAAGGAUCUGCCUCUGUUCAAGGGCGCAUUCGCAAUGUACUGGGCGGUGCAGAAACGUUGCAAGGUAGUGCGACGUUCGGAACACGCACAAAGCAGGCCUUUAACCUGGAAUUCGGCGGUCCGCUCGCUGGAAAUCCCGACAUCGAAUACAAGCUAGCAGCCUUCUCGCACGAGCGUGACUAUUCGGCUUUUGCUUCGCUGUCCGAAGCUGUCAAGGGUGUGCGCGCCAGUAUCAACAGCUCACUCACUGAUGAGCCGAAAGGUGUCGUCGAUGCUUGUCAAGACGUCAUGCCGGCGGCAACGACGACGCAGCACGAAUUCGCGUACGAAGCGUCGUUGAGAGAGUUGGGGAGGGUGAUGGGUGAUGCAAGUGUAGCUGUGAGGAAGAUGGCGGUGGCACCGAGUGUCAAGUCGGCGCUCAGCUGGACAUGGGUGCGCGAGAGUAGGGAUAGUGCGAUUCUGCCGAGUAGCGGAAGCAAGCUGAGGACGGUGCUGGAGUAUGCCGGCUUGGGUGGUGAUGCGCAACACGUCAAGGCGGAGCUGGAAGCAAGUACCGGACGACACAUUUCGCCCUUGCGGUCGUUGUUGUCACUAGCAUCUUGGACCACGACAAGCGCAUCUGGGCUACUCGGUCAAGAGACGAGCUCUCUGCACUCAACAAGACCUCCAACGUCUCUCGAUGCCGACUCGAUCGGCUCGCUCUCCUCGAUCCUGCACCCGAUCUAUGCCACGCUCACCUUGCGUUCCGGCUUGCUACACGCGCUCUCUUUCUCCGCACCCCACUUUAGCGAUCGCUUUCAACUCGGUGGACCCACGUCGCUGCGCAUGUUCCGUCACUCGUCGCUUGGCCCGAAAUGCGACACUGAUUCGCUCGGCGCCGACGCCUUCUGGUCACUAGGCCUAUCGCUUCUCUCGCCAAUCCCAAAACUGCCCCACUGGCCGUUGAUGCUACAUACCUUUUUCAACGCUGGCCAGAUGUCGCAGUUGCCUCCACCAUCCCACUCGUCCGCUUGGCGCACCGCUUGCCAGUCGCUCCUGCAACCAUCCACCAGCAUCGGCGUAGGACUCGUCUACUUCCAGGGCCCGUUGAGGGUCGAGCUCAACGCUGGUGUCCCACUCACUGCACGCAACGGCGAUGCCACCAGAACAGGCCUCCAGUUGGGCAUCGGUAUUGAUUUCCUAUAA